AUGGGGAAGAGCAUUACCGGCCUUACUGUCAAGCCACGACACAUUGCUGUAGUGUCAAUACUGUCUGCUAUGGCAUCCGUGGGGACACUCUACGCGGUAGCCUUGACAACGGUAUUCCCAGUACCAUUCAUGAUGCUCCUCGCCUCACCACCCUCCAUUGUCGUCUUUGGGGCGUGCUUCGUAUACUUCUGGGGUACUCAAGUGCAGCAAGAUCCAUCGAUCGAAGUGGACAUGAAGCGAGAGCAGGCCGUGUCGAGGUGUCAAGUCGCUCUCACGUUCGUGUAUCCGCUGUACAUUGCUGGGUUUAUGUCGCUGUCGGGCGUCUACCAGACCAUGUCCGUGGCAGUGCUGCCUCUUAUCAAGCUCGUCGCGCGGAACUGGGUCGCUCACGCGCUGAAAGAUCACAACGACUUGAAACCACAAGCGGUCACGUUUAUCGUGGAGGUUUUCAGCGCCUUGUACGUCUCGAACGCGCUGUCUUCGUCUUCGUCGUGGAUGGGGACUGCUAUGAUUAUGACGCUGGAUGCGGUGGUCGUCGUACAGUCCACGCGCGAUAUCAUGGAGGUUUUAAGCGACGUGAAGCUGCUCAUGGCAAAAAACCCGCAGACUCACCCAGUCGCGAAAGAGAAUUUUGUUCACAUUGCUGUCCGCUUGAUGGCUAUAGAAGCUGAUAAAUUGCCGCAAACUUUAAACCGACUGGGUGAAGUUCCGAAAAGAUCUCGAACAUCACAGCCACAACCAGUUCGCAUUGGAAGCAGCAAGGUUCACGCGAGCGCUGCUGUGUAUUCGUCCACGACAGCGACUUCCCAGACAACAGGAGAUUCCCUUGAAAACAUCUUCUCGAAGGAGAAACGCGCUCUAUUUAUCCAUCGGAUCGCGACCGUUCUCUUCAUUACUGAGUUCAUCAUUCUAGCAGAGUAUGUUGAGCUCAUGCUACCCGUCGCUUAUGGACUCCACCACUUCGUACUGUAUCACCUUCCCAACUGCGCGUACUACCCGGCAUUAGCCAUUUUAUCAAGUGCCGGCUUCUCCGAGUCCAACUCAAGGAUGGUGGUUUACUGCUUUCUGGAGUUUAUCUCGUUGAUGAUGGUCAUACUGCUGCUAAGGCGCGUUCUGGGGUUCUCGACUCUGUGUCAGCUUGCGUUCGUCUUGAAGAUGCAAGCUGGCAUCAUCCAGACACAGUUGAUCAGCCUACUCCUGUACAUAAUGCAGCUUUCGUUGGCGCACAUCGGCGCCGAUUUUACUUUUCGAUUUGCCUGGCUUCAUGGCGCCUGA